AUGGCGUCCUACGAUGCAGCGCGCUUCGACGACUCGGAGGAAGAGGAGGAUUUCAACCCAGCGCCUGCCGAUCUGUCAGACGAUGAGGACACCAAUACCAGACAGGAGAAGCGACCACGAGACCAGAGCUCCCCCGGUGAUGAUGAUGGAGAUGAGGAUUCCGCCCCUCGAGCCAAAACGCGGCGCGUCAUGGACGAGGACGAGGACAACGAACAGGAUGAGGACGAGGAGAGAGAUGAAGAUGAGGAGGAUGACGAAGAAAACGAAGAUGAUGAAGAUGAAGACGACGAGGAUGACGUCCAGACGCGUCGUCCCAAGAAGCGCCAGCGAGACCGCCGAACUGCUCUCUUCGAUAUCGAAGCCGAAGUCGAUGACGAAGACGAAGGCGAGGAUGAGGAACGAGACGGCGAAGAAAUAGAGGGCUUCAUCGACAACGCCCAUCCUGAUGAUGUCGCUGACACGAACCGCUUUGACGACGACCGACGACAUCGCGAGCUCGACCGUCAGAGACAGAUGGAAUCCAGUCUCGAUGCAGAGAAGCAGGCCGAGAUCCUUCGCCAGCGCUACGGAAACCGCCGCCCGACUAAGGGUCUCGGCGAUUCGGCCGUUGUCCCCAAGCGUCUCCUGCUCCCUAGCGUGGAUGACCCGAGCAUCUGGGGAGUCCGGUGCAAGGAAGGCAAGGAGCGUGAGGUCGUCUUCUCCCUCAUGAAGAGAAUCGAGGAGCGCCAGGGCACGAGAGACGAACUUGCCAUUACUGCCGCGUUCGAGCGAGGUGGUGCGCAGUCCGUCAUGAAGGGCUUCAUCUACGUGGAGGCCCAGCGCCAGAACGAUAUCCUCAAGGCCCUCGAUGGCAUGCUCAAUGUGUACCCGCGUUCCAAGAUGGUUCUGGUCGAGAUCAAGGACAUGCCUGAGCUCUUCCGCGUUACCAAGGAUUCGAGCUUGGAGCCUGGUGCCUGGGUGCGCCUUCGCCGACCCUUCAAGUACAACGGUGACCUUGCACAGGUUAUUGACGUUACCGAGAACGGGCUGGAGGCACGAGUCCGUUAUAUUCCCCGUCUGGAUUAUGGUGUGAGAGACGAUUCCCUGACUGCUGGAGCUGAUGGGAAGAGGAAGCGCUUCCCGGGCACCGGGCCCAAACCCCCUCAGAGAUUGUUCAGCGAGGUUGAGGCUCGCAAGCACCAGCCACGCUUCCUUCAAGGAAACCCUUCAACCAACACAUGGUCAUUCAUGGGCGAUGAAUUCGAGAACGGAUUCUGCGUCAAAGAUGUCAAGAUCCAACAGCUCGUGGUGACAGACGUGAACCCAUCGCUCGAAGAGGUUACGCGAUUCGCAUCUGGGGCGGAAGAUGGUACUGAGAACCUUGAUCUCAAGGCCCUGGCGGCAAGUUUGAAGGAUAGCAACAAGAUGGUUACCUACCUCCCUGGUGACAUCAUCGAGGUGUACUCUGGAGAACAAAAGGGUGUCGUGGGCAAGGCAACGAACGUGCAGGGCGAUAUCGUCACAAUGUCCGUGACUGAGGGCGACCUUGCUGGACAAACCAUCGAAGUGCCUACUAAGGGGUUGCGGAAGCGCUUCCGAAUUGGUGAUCAUGUCAAGGUCAUUGGUGGUAGUAAGUUUCGUGACGAGGUUGGUACAGUGGUCAAGAUUUCCGAGGAUCGUGUGACUCUCCUCACGGAUCAGACCAACACUGAAGUCACUGUCUUCAGCAAGGACUUGCGUGAGGCUAGUGAUAUCGGAGGGCAGGGCUCUCUCGGGCAGUUCGAGUUGCAAGAUCUGGUGCAGCUCGACCCUACAACCGUGGGUUGUAUUGUCAAGGUGGAUCGUGAAUCUCUGGUGGUAUUGGACCAGUUCGGAGACACUCGCCAGGUCGUUCCUUCACAGAUUCCCAACAAGCUGCCGAAGCGAAAGCAAGCUGUUGCUGCCGACCGCAGUGGUUCCGAAAUCAGAUUGGACGAUGUUGUCAAGGAGGCUACGGGCCAGCAACGACAAGGAAAGAUCAUCCACAUCCACCGCUCAUACGUCUUCUUGCAUACCAAUGACAGCACUGAGAACGCCGGUGUGUUCGUUACCAAGGCCAGCAUGGUCAACACCAUCGCUGCCAAGGGAGGCCGAGUUAACGCUGCCUCCUCCACACCCGAUCUCAAUGCCAUGAACCCAGCUCUGAAGCUCCACAAGAACGGGGCCGAGAACAAGCCCCCGCAGCCUCAGAAGUUCGGCCGCGACAGAGCCAUGGAGCAGACGGUUAUUGUCAAGAAGGGAGCCUACAAAGGUCUCCUUGGUAUCGUGAAGGACACCACAGAUACCCAUGCACGUGUCGAGCUGCAUACAAAGUCCAAGACGAUCACUGUUCCAAAGGACUCGCUCAGUUACAGGGACAAGAAGACGGGCGCCCCCAUCGAGAUUAACGGUCGCGGUCGGGGUGGGCCUGGUGGUGGCUUCAACCGCAGCUCUGGCGGCGGAGAGCGUGUCCCUGGUUGGCAAACUGGCUCUCGCACACCCAUGGGAUCCGGCGGGGACAGAGUCCCCGCCUGGGGUUCACGCACACCCGCCGGCGGUGCUGGAGGUCGUACCCCAGCUUGGAAGGGCGGAGACUACUCUGGUUCUCGCACGCCUGCUUGGGCUGAUGGCUCCCGCACGGUCAACCCAUAUGAUGGUAGCCGAACAGCUUAUGGCUCUGGCUCUCGCACUCCCGCGUGGCAGUCGGGUGCCAAGACACCUGCAUACGGCGACGCUUUUGGUGCAGGCUCCCGAACCCCUGCCUACGCAGGCAGCUCUGGAACAGAUGCUUUCUCAUCUGGCUCCAAGACUCCCGCUUGGGGCGUCUCGGCACCGACACCUGGUGCCAGCAACAACGACAGCUGGAGCUACACGCCUGGAGCGACAUCGGGCGCAUUCGACGCGCCAACACCGGGAGGCGGCCUUGCAGCCCCUACACCCGGUGCGAUGAACGCACCCACCCCAGGCGCCUACUCGGCACCUACACCUGGCGGAGCUCCCACGCCCGCGGCUAGCAACUGGCAGGGAGGAUGGGGUGCUGACGCCGCCCCUACUCCUGGCGCGAGUGCUCCCACUCCCGCCGCCUCGGGAGGCUACUACGGAGCACCCACGCCAGGUGCCUAUGGCGGGGCUCCAGAGACACCUGCAGCCGGACCUAGGUACACGGAUGAUGACGAUUGA